AUGGUGUCGCUCAAGCUCCAAAAGCGGCUCGCCGCCAGUGUUCUCGGCUGCGGCAAAGGCAAAGUAUGGCUCGACCCCAACGAGUGCAGCGAAAUCUCCAUGGCUAAUUCUCGACAAAAUAUCAGGAAGCUGGUAAAGGAUGGUUUCAUCAUCAGGAAGCCAACCAAAAUUCACUCGAGAUCCCGUGCUCGCAGAAUGAAGGAGGCCAAGAGAAAGGGUCGCCACUCAGGAUAUGGUAAGAGGAAGGGUACCAGAGAGGCUAGGUUGCCAACAAAAGUUCUCUGGAUGAGGAGAAUGCGUGUCCUUAGACGUUUGCUCCGUAAGUACCGGGAGGCAAAGAAGAUUGACAAGCACAUGUACCAUGAUAUGUACAUGAAGGUUAAAGGUAAUGUGUUCAAGAACAAGAGGGUGCUCAUGGAGAGCAUCCACAAGUCCAAGGCUGAAAAGGCUAGGGAGAAGACCCUGUCCGAUCAGUUCGAAGCCAAGCGUGCUAAGAACAAGGCGAGCAGAGAGAGAAAGCAUGCCAGGAGAGCGGAAAGAUUGGCUCAGGGACCUGGAGAGAGAACACCAGCAGCUACUCCUGCUGCUCAACCUACACCUACAGGGGGAGCCAAGAAAGCCAAGAAGUGA